AAAGAACUAUGUAGGAUAGAGAAGGUCUCUAUGACAUGACAUCACUUAUGAUGAUGAUGGAAACUUACAAUACAACUGAUUCUGAUAACAACUGAAACUGCAUGCCAGGACUAUCAAAAAGUUGGAUAUGACCAAUGUCAUUUGGAAUUGAUUGCUUAAAGGAAACAUCAAGCACUGUUCAAGAUUUAUUUGAAUCAAAGAUGAAAAUCUUUUUCGGGGCUGUCUCAGCAUGGUGCCCGGGGGUUAAUCUGCCCGCUCAUUUGAUAAGGGCAGAUAAGCCUCUGAUGCCUUAAUAAAGGACAAAGAAGAAGAAAUAUAAUAAACUAAAGCACUUGCACCCUUGCCUCAGUAUAAAACUUUGGAUAAUGACCAAAUGGUAAGCAUUAAUUAUAACCCAGGUGUGGAUCGUAAGUAAAAUGAUUGGAAGUAGGAUGCGUUUGAUUGGUUCCUUGUUACGCCUUGUUAUUGACCAAUGAGCGACAGUUAAUGCUCUGUGGAGUGUCGGAUGAAAAGCAGCUAUUGUCGCUUGUAUUUGCAUUGCCUUUCCUUGCUGUAAUAAGAUCGAACGUGUAAGAAAUGAUACUACAUUAUCGCAUAUGCAUAUCCUUUUUCGUGCAUUUUAUUGCGUCUAUGCGAUCUCUCUACCCCACGCAUUCUUAAGGACGUGGACGGAGAAGGCACCCGGGGUAGAUCCCCAACCCCUGCUGUCAGGCUAGCCUUUGUCCCAAGGUCUAGACUAGUAUGAGGUUGCCUUUUAGCAAGGAACUGCACAGGAGGUUGAUCUUUGGUGCCCGUCUCCAGGCAACGAUCUGAGCCAUAAUGGCUGACAGCAUAGACCAAUGAUCCUGUAAAGGACGCAGAAAAAUGACUUCAAAACUUGCUAUAAAGCAGUCAAAAAAGGACCGACCAAGGUCGUCAGAAAAGAUAGCAGCCAGCAAAUCAGCAAGAAGAUCAAAAGGUGGUGGUACCCCUGAUAACAAGGCUGUAUCCCCAUUGGUGGAUACUGCUGUUCAAAAUGGAAAUAGUCUUGGUUAUGAAUCACCUGUGAUCUAUCAAUCUGAGCUAGAUAAAGAAAUAAAGUCCUUGAGGAUUAACCCAAAAGACCUCAAAAGUAAUGUUGCUCCUUUGCCAUCUAAAGUGGAACACCAGUCUUCAAAAGUCUUGGUGAAAAAGAGAGCACAAGUACCAAAUUCACCCAAACAGAACAAAAGGAUUACAGUAGCAAGAAGGGCACCUUCAAAUGCAGAAAUCAAGUUACCAAAUCCAGAAGACUAUCCAGGUGUGAGGCUUGAUAAUUCUGGCAGAAUAAUCCCUCAUAGCAUACUUGGUUCUGUUGAAGACUUUGUUGAGCAGGCAGUAAAUGUUGGUGAUCAAGUUAAUUGCUCAUUCAAGACUAACUGUAAGUCAUCUCCAAGCCCCUGGCCAGAAGAUGAAGAAAAUAUGAAGCUUUUGAGCAAUGCUCCAAAAACUGGACAAAUAAGGAUUGAUGAGACUCGUGCCCUUGAAAACUGGGAGAGGCAAAUGAAGAUGAGGAAGAAAGAGCAGCAGUAUCUUUCAGACACAAUGAAUGUACCACCUGAUAUGCUUUUAAUGAACCAGGAUGCAGAUUUUAGGAUGAAACAAGAAGACAGAGCCCUAAUAGACAGAGCCAUACCUGCAAUGGAUUAUGGGAAAGGAUAUCGCGUUGGAAGUGAAUUUUGGAAACAAGUUGAAAACGUUGGUGGCAAUAAAGGCAUUAACAUGACCUUGACGCAGACAGAGCGUGGCUUUGCACCUGCAAUGGAGUACAUCGGAAAACCCGACGAAGUAAGAAGAUCAGUUGGCACUGAUUGGUCAGAAACAAGACGUAUAGCUCACAUCCAUUACCCUUGGAUCAAAUCUGAAUUCCUUCGAGAGAGAAAACAACAGUUGCUUGGAGUAAUCAAUGAGCUGGCUCCUCAUCGACCGUAUAUCGAUGGAUUGGAGAUCAUUGGACAGUCUGUCGACAAAGACCAAGAAGUGAAUAAUAAUGAGGAAACAGAAGAUGAGGCUUCUACAAUGAUAGAUGACAUUUCUCACCACUUUGGUGAUUUUCCAGAUCCAUUGGCGGAUUAUGAGGAUGUAGUUCCGUUGCCCAUAUUUGGACCAUCGCUAACAAUCAACGGAUAUUCUGCGCAGUGGAAGGACCUUGCCGGUGAGAAGGAGACUGACGAUGGUCUUGUGAUAAGGCUACAGUUUCAAGCCGAGGCAGCCUCAAAGUCAUCCAGUUCAAUUGACAUCACAAAUGAUGGCACUGCAGCAAUUUAUUUUUCGUGGAAGAAAAUUGCUUCCAAAGAUCCUUUUGACAUAAAGAACGUGAGGCCUUUGCAGAGGUUCUAUUUUGACAUCCGAAAUGGUGUCAUACUUCCAAAUGACAGCAUCAAAAUAAAAUUCACCUUCAAAUCCCCAAAUGCUGGCAUAUUUAGUGAAAUGUGGCAGCUUAACACGCAACCAGUACUCUGUGGAGGAGCUCCUAUAACCAUAGUGCUGAAGGGCAUAGCCACGGAGGAGGACAAGCUAGCAGAGCAGAGAAAGGAGCUCGAGGAAGAACUGCAGAGAAGACAGAAGACAUCCUUCAUCCGUGAGAUUGUUGAAGAAAUUUUUAACGGGGUUCGAACACCUCCGAGACCCUCAACCCCGAUUGAUACGUACUUAACGGAAGAAGAGUUGUUUACAAGGCAAAAUGACAAGAUGACGUUCAACACCGAAGCUGUAACGGACUUGAAGUACUUUCAUCAGCAGCUGAACCCAGAUGAAGAUUGGGAUAUGAGUAUUCAGACGCUAUUAAAGGAGGCCAAGUCACAAGAGGACGAUGAAACCAAAGAAUCAUUGAUUCAAAAAUUGAAUGAAGAUGUUCAAAUGUUUGCAUUCGAAACAGACGAUCCAAUGCAAAGAUUGAGACAUAACUUUUGCUAUCAACUUCUUUGCGAAGCAGUGGAUCAUUUCUAUGCGAAAGCUCACACUCUUCGAAUGUCGAUGGGCCUACCAGAAAAAGAAUUUAUGGUAGAGGUACAACAGGAGGAAGUAACUAAAAAGCCUAAGAAGGGCCAGUCACAAGAUAUUCAAAAGUCUACACCUGACAAGAAACUGGAGUCAAAGAAAAAGGAUACGAGGCCAGCUUCAUCGCGAGGCAAAUCAUCAGGAAAUCCGAAGACGAGAGGCAAAGAUGGCACUUCUACUUCGUCAUCCAACCAAAAGCAGCUUAAUGUUGACUCAGCAGCCAGCAAAAGUUAUGGUUAUAAACCAAAAGCAGAAAAACGCGUUCCUGCUACUCCACUGGAAGUGAGAUAUAGCGAGAAUCUUUACAUGCAGAUGUACGAUAUUCUUUGUACUGUUGCAGACAAGAUCGAAGAGAUGGAAUGAACAAGCAAAUGAACUUGAAGCAACAUUUUUUGUAAAUAUUUGUCUUUUUUCUGGGAAUUAUUCUGUUGUUAAACAAGUGAUAGUUCUGAUUAAUCAAUUUUGUGCUGAAGAUAUACCUGAAGAUAUACCUAGUUUUCUUUUUAACUAUUACUAAUUAAAACUUUUUAAUGACAAAGACGGUUGAUGUCUAACCAAAAAUGUAUCCCCGUUGCCAUAUCGUUACUACUUUGUAAUUUUUAGUUCGCAGUUUGACUAAUGCCAAAAGGAGGUGUAAAGUAAUACCAAAGUAAGUGAAAUACUACAUCGAGAUAAAAGUAAUGACUUGAAAUGUCUAUUGGCAACAUCUGUGUCUCUGUUGAUUCACAGAUUGUUUUUAAGGCAAGGAACAGUAAAGUUUACAUAAAUUCCAAAUGGUUUUAUAAAAAUCUCAAAAAAGAAGUUGAGUAUUCGAACAAAUUAUUGCAGAGACAGCGUUAAUUUUGCAGUUCAAAAGUCUCUAUCUUAUAAAAGCAGCCUGUAUGACGUCAUCAAUAAUCCACAAGUUUUUCUCCCAAA